UCAGUGGUUGGCUUCACGGUGUCCCCGCAGGUCAGAGCUUCAUCGGCGCUCAGAGGCAGCAGGAUGAGACGAGGAGAACUCCGACGAGCGGUGACCGUCCUCCCGUCCGUAGGCGUCCUCUCUCGGCCACGGCAAGCCUGAUGGGCGUUUUUGUCGUCCCCCUGCCGUCUUCGACGCUCGGAUCUAACCGGAAGCCGCGAAAUGAAACGAAUGAACGUGAGCACCAUGAAGUGUCAUGUUGUCGUGCAGCAUCACUUAUCCUCCUUGGAUGCGGAGCCUCGCUGUUUCUUUGUAGAGUUGAGCUGACAACUUUACGUCCGAUUUCCCCCCUCCAUUGGAAGCAAACCACGUCGGAUUGUGCAACUCUUGGAAAAGCGGCGACUUGCCACCUGCUCCCGGCGGAAUAACCACACUUAGCGGUUAUUCGGCUUCACAAGCAUUCUCUCCGGGCCACGCUGGAAGUCGCCCCCAAUGUGGCCGUCGGGAGUGGGCAGCCGGCAGCCUUGCCCGCGGGAGUCGGCGUUGCGCAGGGCGGCCAUCAGCGGCAACAUCCCGGCCCUGCCGCCUCACCACGUCCCCAGUGGCCGCAGCGUCCGCGUCUUCAUUUGUGCCAACCCUGACGACACGGAGGCUGAGAGGAAUGCACUGAAAGAGCACGUCUACCCCAAACUACGAGAUUUCUGCAGGGAGAACUACGGCAUUGAAUUCCAGGUGGUGGACCUCUACUGGGGUGUGGACCCGGAGGAGUGGGACAGUCCGGAGCUGCAGCGGCUUCGGAUGAAGCUCCUGGAGGAAUGUCUGAAGACAUCAGUGGGACCGUGCUUCGUUGGUUUGGUGGGGGAGAAGUAUGGCAGCAUUCGAGUGCCAGGUGAAGUGGAAUCGGCAGAGUUUGAGAUGAUCUUGGACGCGGCGAUGGAGGCCGGGCUGGACACACACAUCUUAGACGAGUGGUACUGCAGGGAUGAAAACUCUGUGCCACCCGCAUACUACCUCAAACCCAAAGCCCAAAUGCUUAAGAACUACCAGAACUCUAUGGAGUCCAGCAGCGCGGCCAAGACCAAGAAUGACAAGGCCUGGAGGAAAGUGUCGGAAGACAUCAAGCGGAUCUUCCGUACGGCGGUGCUGCAGCUUCAAGAGAAGGGAACAAUGCCGAGCGCUCAGGCCAAGAAAUUCCUUUGCUCUGCCUUGGAGGAUGAAUUAGACUUUGCCCUCGGGAAACAAACUCCUGCCUUUCUCAGGAAAUGUGUUUGCUACAUUCGCAAGAUCUCAAACUUUGACCGUUUUGCCAAACUCCCAGAGAUGGCCCGCUACAUGGACAUUGUGGUGAACGGUGACCGCAUCAUGCGCAACCAGGAAGCCUACGAGCGCCUGUUGAAGGUGCGGGAUGAGUUCAUACCAACAGUGGUGGCGGCAUCCAACCUGCGCGUUUACUCCUCUGUCACGCAUUGUGACAUGAAGCUCGGCUACUCCCAGGAAGUGGAGAGCCACUAUGUGGAGGGUCUGUGCAAACAGUUCUACGAGGACAUGGUGGAUAUCAUUCAGGCCACAGUUCAGCAGAACUUUGACACAGAGACCGACCCGUUGUACGAUGAGAUCCUGCAACACCUGUCCCUCUGCAAAGCAUAUGCAGCACUGUAUGAGUACAAGGCUGAGUUCUUGGAUUACGUGCAGGAGUAUAUUUUGCCAUCUAAAGGGAGUAGGAUGAGUCCGCUUGUGGUACAUGGGGGACCCUGCACGGGAAAAACUUUGCUGCUUGCUGAAGUUGCCAAACAGGCCUACACGUGGCUGCAGAAAGAGAUGGGCCCAGAAACUGACCCAGUGGUCAUUGUCCGUUUCAUUGGCUCCAGUCAGUCCUCCACAGACUUGCGCACCCUCCUCCAGAGCAUCUGUGAACAGAUUGCAAUAAACUAUCGCUGCUUGAUUCACUUUUUGCCUAACAAGAUCCAGGAGAUGAGGGAGCUCCUGGUCAACCUCCUUGGGGAAUCUUCCUUCCACAGGCCUUUGGUCAUCAUCCUGGAUGCCCUUGAGCAGCUGUCGGAUGCCGACGAAGCCCGCAAACUCUGGUGGCUUCCCAUACACCUCCCUCGGACGGUCCGCAUUGUAGUCUCAACUUUGCCCAAUAAACAUGGAAUCUUACAGAAGCUCCGACAUGCCAUUCAUGAUGACGACUAUUAUGUGGAGUUAACACAGCGGGAUCGCAAAGUCUGCAGCCAGACAUUAAAGCAACAGUUACUUGGCGUCAAGAGAAAGGUCACCUCCGGCCAGCAGAUCUAUGUAAACGAGGCUCUAGCCAAGUGUACGUUGCCAAUGUUUGUCAAUCUCAUCUACAGAGAGGUAGUCCACUGGAGGUCCCACAAAGAUGUGGAUGAGAAGUCCCUGUGCUCUACAGUCCAUGAAAGCAUAGAGCAGCUGUUCUAUUCAGUCGAGAAUAAGUUGGGCCAACGAUUUGUCUUUAGAGCAUUAGGAUAUAUCACCAUGGCCAAGGCCGGCUUAACUGAAAUCGAGUUGGAGGAUAUUCUAUCCCUGGAUAACAUAGUUCUUGGUGACGUUAUAGUUGCAUCUUACCUCAAAAAUCCCUUGAGAAUCUCUUAUGACUUGGUAGCAAGGCUCAAAGAGGAGCUGGAAGGUUAUCUGGUAGAACGUCAGGUACGCAACGUCACUCUGAUGGUCUGGGCCAACAGACACCUGCAUCUCAUUGCCCAGAAGCUGUACCUCGGCAACGAGGAGGAUGUCCAUCAAAUGCACAGCCUUCUCGCGGAGUACUUCCUGGGAGCAUGGUCAGGGGGCAGAAAGAAGAUCUUUACGUACGACAACAAUCACUUCACUUCCCAAAAUAUAUCACACCACAAAAACCCACAUCAACAAUCUCAUGAGAAAACAUCAUCUGACAAGUACUCUUACGACAGGCAAACACCUGAACAGCCUUGGGUCUUCCAGUGCAACCUUUUGGAACCUGACAUUUUUUUUGUCAACCACAGGAAGAUGACAGAGUUGGUGUUCCACCUCACCAGAAGCGGGCGCACUGAUGACCUCAUGUUUGGCGUUAUCAUGAAUUUCAGCUGGCUGUACACAAUGAUCAAGAUCGGCCAGUUUGAAAAGGCCUUAAACGAUAUUGACUUGGCGUACAGUUACACCCAGGAAAAAGAACUGAAGUUUCUAUCCACCACUCUUCGCGGCAUCAAGGUAAAGGUUUUGAAGAACCCAGCAUCUCUCUCAGCAGAACUGCAGCAAAGGCUUUUGCCAGUUGUCACGUCCCUGCCCAAGCUUCGACACCUCCUUCUGGAGUGCGACAAGGAUGGUCCCAAGUACUGCUCGAUUGUGCCUCUGCACUCCUCCAUGGAUGUCACCUACAGUCCAGAGAGGCUUCCUUUGUGCUCAAGUUACAUGCAGAUUGUGGAGAUCCUACCCACUCUAGCCCCAAACAUUGUCCUCGUAGCACUUGAAGAUGGGUCUGUCAGCACAUGGGAUGUCGAGACUAGACAACUUCUGCGACAGAUCGACACAGCCAGAUCUGUUGUGCUGGGAAUCAGGCUAACCAGUGAUGAGAAAUAUCUUGUUGUGGCCACCACUAAAAACACGCUUCUGAUCUACGAUAAUCAUAAAUCCUGCCUUCUAUCCGAGGUUGAAAUCAAAGGUUCCAAGCAUGGUGGGAUCAGUGGCGGGGUGGCUUUCAUCAAUGGCUUCACUUUAUCCACUCACCAUGCUUUAGCUUGGCUUGAGGCCAGUAAAGACGUCAACGUUAUUGAUUUACUUUACGGUUGGCCUCUCUAUCAGUUCCAUUGCUGGUACGAGGUGACGUGUGUCCAGUGCUCUCCAGAUGGAAUGUAUGCCUUCUGUGGACAGUACCUCAACACCGCAUCCAUCUUUCAUCUGGGUAAUGGGGACAAGUUGGCCACUGUUACAUCGGAAUUUUCUGGAGGUUUUGUCAAGUCCAUUCUUGUCCUGGACACACUCAACCAAAUGGUGAUGAUUGACAAUGAAGGCAGUCUCUCAGUAUGGAACACCAAAGAAAUCACCAACCCACGUCUGAUGGAGGAUUAUGACUGCAGAGGGGAUGACAGUGAGGUGGUCAGCAUUGAGUUGUCUGAAGACCAGCGCUCAAUUCUCCUGUGCAAGGCUCGAAGCAUUGAGGUUCUAGAUACAAAAGUGUGGAAAAUGGUGGAGAAGUUCAAAGCUAAACGUAGUGAACGCUUUGUAGCUGCUGUUCUCUCUAAAAACGGACAAAGCAUCGUGGCCUCAAUGGAGAAGACCUCUUCUAUCUUUGUGUGGAGGAGGGACAGCGGGCAGUGCAUGGCCAGCCUGAUCGAGAUAUCAGGAGCCAUUGUCAAACUCAUCAAAUCAGUCCACCACAACCUGCUCCUUUCUGUUGCCAGCAGCGGAGUGCUGUCUGUCUGGGACAUUGAUAUCAUCACAGCUAUGUCCAAUAUUGACAAAACGGGCAAGAAGAUUCAAACAUUGCAGUUGUCAGGUAGAGAGGAUUAUGUGUUUACAAUGGAUGGCUCAGAAGCAGUCCAUAAGUGGAACUUUAGCACCGGAUUUAUAGAGACUGUCUUCAAGCACGAGGGCAUAGUGGAAAACUGUGUGCUAACCUCCUCAGGUGAUCUCAUGGUAACAUCAGAUGACAAGUGCAGUCAGUACAUCUGGCAAACCAGCUCUGGGGAGAACAUCUUUCGCAUCAAUGGACAGAGGAUAUCCCAGUUGCUAAUAACCCACAAUGACCAGUUUGUUGUGUCCCUUUGUGAGCAAAAUGCCUCAAGAGUUUGGAGACUUGCUACAGGACACAAAGUUUGCAACAUCCUAGUCACGCUCCAGAACGCAUUGGUCACCACAGCCAAUACAUUUCUGGUGGGAACCUCCAAAAACAAGCUCCUCGCUGUCAGCUUGUGGUCGGGCAGCGUAUCUAAGAAAUUUGUUUGCGAUGACGGCAUCACUAUCGUCAAUUUCAAACUUAUCCCUGACUGCCCUGACUGUGUCGUGUUCAUCACGUCCACAGAGACCGUCUUCAUCUGGAGCGUGGCGGACGAAGCCGUAUGCAGACGUGUCCAGUUGCCGGCCAACUUUCUUAAAAAUCUUGAGGAUUUCCAGAUAUCACCCAAUGGCAAACAAGGAAUUGUGUCGAAAGGUGACGAAAAUAUUAAUGUGCUGGACCUACACAGUGGGAAGCUGAGGCUGGUCCAUGCUGCCGGUAUAAUCUGGCGUCAAAAAUUAUCCCGAGACGGCCGUUAUCUCGUAUACAUCUGCUUCCGCAACUGUGAUGAGGACGACGACGCUGGCGUUGUUUCCAAUCUAAUUGUGAUGCGUCUCGCUGACGGGAAGAGUAUUGGCACAUGCUCCUUAUACAAGACGCCCACUUUCCUUUCGCUUUCCCAGAGAGCUUUGAACAUCAUCAUUGGCUUUGAGGAUGGCAGCAUUGGCACAUACACGGUAGUGGACCGUGUAGACGCUGCCCUCAAGAUCAAAAUAGCCACCUCCAACAGCCGCCAGAUCGUCAACAAUGCUUCUCAAAAGGUGCGGCCAAAAUGUGGCAAUCAUUCCUUUAAGACCGUGGCUGACUGCAUUUGGAGGGAAUCAACAGAAGUCUUCUCCAGGGACAGCCCGAUCAAUGUGUCUGACUCCGGUGAAGGUGAGUCUACUACUCCGACGAAAAAGGCAGAGCUGCUGCAGUGAGCGGGUGGGAGUUAAAAAAAAAAAAAGAGUGGUGUAUCUGUGGCGAGUUUCAGAAUCUUUGGCAGUGGGGUUGCGGUUGACUCUUGUUUACAGCCACGUGAUUCAGCUGCAAAUGUCAGGCGUCUGACUAUUUCAACGCUGCACUCAAAUGAUGUAUUACCUAGCUGUCACUGUUUUAGUUGGUUUUACAUUCAGAUGGUCGGGAGAAAGUAACACAUGAACACAUGUUGUGAGAUAUGAGUUGGCCGUUAUGUGUCCUUUUUGCAUCUGAAGAACAGUUAUCAUCCAAAUGUUAUUUGUGACAGGAUGUUGUCAAACCGUUCCAGUCACUGGUACAAUAAGUUCAUUUACAUUGCUGGCUAUAGUGUUCCUUCAACUAAUUUAUUUUACGUCUACAUCUGUUGGUAUGUACACAAAAAAAUUAACAUAUGUACAUACCGUUUUGGCUGCUGCAAUUUGUGCAACUCCUUAAAAUGUUAUUGUGCUUAAUGCAAUCAAAGUGAGUGCCUGGAAUUUCUAAAUGUCUUUAUGUGCAGACUACAAGAUUUAUGAAAAUGCAGGGAAUUUGUAAACACAGAGUCAAAAACAGGAGUGACUGGUUGCUCUUUGUACCAAUAGUAGUAGAGGUUUUGAUUUACUGUGAAUUUUCCUGCAGUUCCAUCAGUGUGUGAGGUGUGUGUUUUAAAAGGGGAACGCCACUAAGGAGCAUACAGUGUAGCAUAGCACCGUACACAGUCACGCCUUAAUGAGAGUACUUACUUGCUUUAGGUCUAGUGGAGUUCAAGUGUUCACAUGUCAAUAAGAGAAAAGGACAGCAUUAUUAGUCCAUUUGGCCCUGUGAAUAUACAGUAUUUAGAGGUUUAGACACUAGGUGGAAGCACUUUAUUGGUGGUUUGUGAGCAAUUAUUACAUUUAUUCCUACAUUCUAUGGAGCAUUGUGUUUGUUGUUUUUAGCUGAUCUAGAGUUGUCUUAACACCGUUUUCAAACAGGAUUUGCCUACAGAAACACUCGAGAUGUCCAGGUACUUUGUCCUGCCUUUAUUAUUGUUGCAAAGACAAACAGACGUGAAAAAGAUUAAGUCAUGGGUCACAUGGUUCUGGCAAAUAUUAAUACUAAUUCAAUGUAGACUGUACUCGUCAUUGUACCUUUAACAAAAAUGCCUUUGUUGAUAUGACAGAUGCACAACCAUUGUUUGAAAUACAAAGUCAUGGCCAGUGGUGUCCAAAGUGCGGCACAGGAGGGCAUUCUUGCUCUUUUUUUUUAUUGAAUCUGCUUAUUGUAAAAACAAAUAAAAUGUAUUAUGAAUGAGAUACACUAUGAGAUAUUACGCUAAGCUAAGAUGGCCUACAUUGGAUUGGUUUUAGCAUCCUUAAUGCAAAAGAUGUCUUAAAGUUUUAUGUAUGCGGCCCUCGGUGAAGACAGUUUGGGCACCCCUGAUCUUAGUAACUAAGAGACCCCACAGAACUCACCCUUAUUAAGAUCAGGUCAGGCUGUGAGUAAGAACCACAAUGUUGACCUGAGACAAAGCCACACACUCUCCUCUCAAAGGGCUAAUCCACCUUCUAUGUUUACUCCGUUUUGAUGGUGACGGCCCGAGUAUCAUUAGCAGCAUCAAGCUUUAAAAUAUUCCCUGAAAAUAUUCCCUAUUAUUAUUAAAGAUGACUAUAUCAUGUAAUUGCCAAAGUCCCAGUCUUAGUUUGGUUCAUUUUAUUUCAUGAGGCUUGUGGUGUAAUGGUAUUGUUACAAAAUGGUUUCAGUGUUGGACUGUGCUUUUGUUCAUGAUAGAAAAAAAUGUGUUAUAUUUGUUUAAGGAAAAAAAAAAAAAAGAACGAAAGAAGAAUCCUCGCCUAAUAUAUUGGAAUGCCAGUUUCAUCUUCUAUUUGAAUGUGGCCAUAUGGGAGCCAGUAAAUGGUAUUAAUUGUACGUUAAAGUAACUUGAAUGACUUUUAAUAACUUCUACGUUUGCAACACAUAGUUGACAUACUGGUGAUGAAUGUUUCUAUGGUAUUCUUUGUAUUGUCAGGACUGAUUUACCUGUUUAGAGAUUUAUAUUUUCAUAAAUGUUGUACUUAUACUUUGUUACAGAGUUGUUUUACUGGAACUCAAGCAGAAAAGAAACUUACGUCCAAAGCAAUAUGAAACUAGUGUGUAUGCAUUGUUUGUAUGGAACAUUUUAAUGUAAUAAAAUGGUUCACUUUUUUGCCUCCAUGAUGUCGGCAUCUGACGCUGUCUAAUUAUUGACAUUGUGAUCAUGUUUUGCGCCACGCCAGCACUGUCGUUAUAUGCAUUUUUGUUGUCACCGCAGCUAAGACGUCGGCAACAACAAUAACAAGCACCCACACUUCCUCGUGUAUUACACAGCUGUAAAACCAUAAGAUAAGCCAGUAAUUGGUCUUCCCCACUUGGUGUCAAAUGUUGGACAAGCGUGGUGAAUACAUCGCUGAAGCGGCUGACAUUGUCAUUGUAAUUAGGUGGUGCAUGCAGUGUGCACACACACACACACAUAGAUUGGCCAAUGAAAUGCCUGCUGCAUCGGUCUGCUGUUUUAAUUUCCCAGCUGUGUCACUCUAAGCCAAUCUGUCUGUGUGUGUGUACAUGUGUGGGUUUGUGUGUGUCUCCUGUCUCCACGACAACAUCAGGUCCACAGUGGUGACGAGCUUGGCCACGCCCUUCUAAUUCUAAUGAUGGUGAGCGUAUUCAUUUGGGGCUGCCUGCCGUCCUUAUGACAACCAACAAUCCCCGCUUCGCAUCCAUUCCACCUGCAGGACCUUGUGGGUGUGUAAUUACACUAUUUGUUUAUCAAGGUCUCUUCAGGUCACACUUUGUGUCCUACGGUGGGUACAGUAGGACAACGCUUGGUUAUUUACUUGGAGCUAAAAUAGCCAUGUCAUUGUCAGUUGUGUUUGCUCUGUAAGCCUGCUCCUCCUGCUUUUUUUUCCACCAGUAACCAGCAUUUGCAGUGAUGGGGAAGCCUCUGACUUCUCCAGUUUCUCUCCCUCCCGUCCUCCAGCUUCUACCCUCUGGUGGGGAGAGAUAAACCAGCCAACACUAAACACUUUAACCUUAGCAAGAGCAGCAGCAGAGAUUGAAGAGAGUCUGACACUGACUAAAAAAGCCUUUUGGCCCGAGACUGCAUAGACAAAAAACAUGCAUAUUGAAUGCUGCUUAGAAGACAAUGCUGGCCAUUUUUAAGAUGACUGACACAUGCCACUCAUUGCAAGCAUUCUUCUCCUCAGACUUGAAAUGGGAACAAAAGCCAUCACUACAUUUUGACAUGUAGCACAUGCCUCUUUUUAAGCAGGAAAUGUAAGCUACUCAUUUAAAGAGAUUAAAUUGUCCAAUUUGUGAGGUGAGGAACUGAAGUGAUUUGCCAUAACAACAGCUCAUUUAGUGAAUAGAAAAAUAGCUAUCUCUAUUCACACCAAUACAGUCGUCCCUCGCUACAUCCCCGUUCGAGCAACGCUCUAUUGUGUUUUUUGGAGAGAAAAAAAAUCACUUUUUCAUGGUUGACUCUGGCCUAUUAUUUGUCUAAAAAUAUUGAAAGACAAGUUAUACUGGAUGUAGUAUCUGUAUUCUGGUCACUACUAGGCAUUAGGGGUGCAAGGAUACCCAAAAUUCACGGUUUGGUUCAAUAUGUUUGUAUUAUGGGUUGAUACUUUUUUAAUACAAAAAUAAAUUACCUUGCCUUUUUUACAUUUAAAUUUUCUGCUGACCAAAAAAAUCACCAUGUAAUAAGAAUCUAAAAGUAAAAGUAUAUAAUGGAGAUCCAUGUGGUGCAUUGUUAGCAGCAGAGUCAAUCCAUCCAUCCAUUUUCUACUGCUUAUCCUCACUAUAGUGAAGCGGGGUACACCCUGGACUGGUCGCCAGCCAAUCACAGGGCACAUAUAGACAAACAACCAUUCACACUCAUAUUCAUACCUAUGGACAAUUUGGAGUCGCCAAUUAACCUAGCAUGUUUUUGGAAUGUGGGAGGAAACCGAUCUCCUGACUGCGUGGCCUACAUGCUAACCACUCCAACACUGUGGUUUCAAUUGUAUCUUGUUAUGCAACAAUUUCAUUGAACUCAAUGGGGUUACAAACCCAAUUCAAAACUACAUUGACACUUGGGCGGAUAUCAAAAGAGUAACAUAAAAGCAACAUAAAAUAGGAAAAACUUAGAAACAAAUGAUUAUCUUAACACUACGUAGUUCAGCAACAUGUUCGGCUGUAAUAUAAACUUCUAUGAAGGUUCCUUCUAAGUUGCGUGCAUUGGCAAUCGCACGCUGCUCCCAUGUUGUCAGUGCACUAUAUAGUACAGUCUUA